CGCUUUUGUAUGAGCGAGUGUGAGUGGGAAAGAGAACUUAGAUAUCGAUAAAAAGAAAAUAACCUAAGCAAAGAUAAGUCAAUUGUCAAACUGCCCAAGUUUUUUUAGAUUCUCUGGCCGAUAGCUACAUAAGUUGCCACGAGCCGACAACGACGACGAAGACUUUAGCGAGACACCUUAUAUAAUCCGGCAGCGAAGGAGGCAGGCCCCCAAAUCCCGACAAGAUGUUGCAAAUGCUGCGAAGUUCCUCCAUCAGAUGGUCCAGUCUGCAGCAACCCGGGCUUAAAAAUUGCACCCGAAGUCUGGGUUCUGUAAUACCGGCCCUAAAACUAAAGGACUUUCCGAUCGUAAAUGAACCUAUCCUGACGUACCGCAAGGACUCGAAGGAGCGCAAGGACCUUGAGCAGGCUCUGAAGGGCACGGCCUCGAGUUGCGAGGAGAUCCCAAUCGUGAUCGGAGGCAAGGAGUACAAAACGUCGGAUGUGCGGUACCAGGUUAUGCCCCAUGACCACCAACACAAGCUGGCCACCUUUUACUAUGCCGACAAGAAGCUCAUUGAGAAGGCCAUUAAAACAGCCGUGGAGACGCAGCCCAAGUGGGACCGCGUGUCCAUUGCGGACCGCCUGAAGAUCUGGGAGAAGGCAGCUGAUCUAAUGGCGACGACAUACCGCCAGGAACUAAAUGCCGCCACCAUGUUGGGCCAGUCCAAAACGGCUAUACAAGCGGAAAUCGAUUCUGCAGCGGAGCUGAUCGACUUUAUUCGAAUGAAUGCCUAUUUUUUGAAGGAGGUCACUAAGUAUCAGCCCAUCAGCGAGGACAUUAAGGUCACAAAGAACUCCUUGCGUUAUCGUGGCAUUGAUGGCUUCAUCGCCGCUGUCAGCCCCUUUAACUUUACGGCCAUUGGCGGCAACUUGUCCUACACGCCAGCGCUGAUGGGAAAUGGUGUGCUGUGGAAGCCUUCGGACACAGCCAUGCUCUCCAACUGGCUAAUUUUCAAAAUUAUGCGUGAGGCGGGAGUGCCCGAUGGAGUCGUUAACUUUGUGCCGGCCGAUGGGCCCGUGUUUGGCGACACGAUUACCGCCAGUCCCCACCUGGCCGGCAUCAAUUUCACCGGCUCUGUGCCAACCUUUAAUCGCCUGUGGAAGCAGGUUGGCAACAACAUUGACAACUAUGUUAACUUUCCCCGCUUGAUUGGUGAAUGUGGCGGCAAGAAUUUCCACUUUGUGCAUGCUUCCGCCGAUGUUCAGUCGGUGGUGACAUCCACGAUACGCUCGGCAUUUGAGUACUGCGGUCAGAAGUGUUCCGCCUGCUCGCGCAUGUAUGUGCCCGAGUCACUGUGGCCACAGAUCAAGGAGGGCUUAUUGUGCGAGGCGUCUAAGUUGAAGAUCGGAGACGUUCAAGACUUCUGCAGCUUCACGUCUGCUGUGAUUGAUGACAAAGCAUUUAAACGCAUUACUGGCUACAUUGAGCAUGCCAAAAAGUCCUCCAACUUGGAGAUUCUCGCCGGCGGCACGUACUCAGACAGCAAGGGGUACUAUGUCAACCCGACCAUUGUCCUAAGCAAGGAUCCCAAGGACCGUAUCAUGACCGAGGAGAUUUUCGGACCCGUGCUGUCGAUCUAUGUGUACAAGGAGUCGGACUUGCUUGAGACCAUGAAGCUGGUGCACACCUCAACCAAGUUCGCUUUAACCGGAGCAGUAUUCGGCCAGGACGAGGAUUUCGUCAAAUGCGCUCUGCAGGAGUUCAAAAUGGCCGCUGGAAACUUCUACAUUAACGACAAGUCGACUGGGUCCGUGGUGGGCCAGCAGCCUUUCGGCGGCGGUCGAAUGUCCGGCACCAAUGACAAGGCCGGCGGUCCCCAUUAUAUCCUGCGAUGGACCUCUCCCCAGUCCAUCAAGGAGACCUUUGUGCCCCUGCGCGACGUCAACUAUCCGUACAUGAACGAAUAAGGAGUAUAAAAUAGGAAAUGAAUGGGGAGUGGGCCGAUGGUUAGGAGAAGCAAGAAACCCGACAGGAAUCUCAUAUAACUACUAACUAUAUAAAAAUAUAUAAAUGUAUUUUGUUGAAAUAUUUUUAAAACCCAUCCCAAACCACUACCCUGGAAUACCAACCUAGUUCAGAAGCUACAACUUGUACACACACUCCAAGAAUCUCGAAACAACCAUGGGAAUGCCUCGAAAAAGUUUGUAAAUUGAUAUGCUGAUACCUUUCGAACCACAAACACACCGUGACAUGGAUAUUUUAAUCGAAUACUAUGUAAUAUCAUUAUUUUUACAUACGAUUUAAACGCAAUGUGAUUAUUUAAUUAUAUGAUUUAUAAUUACACCCACAA